AUUUUAAUUAAUUUAUUUUAACGUGAUUGAGUAGAUUUUCCUGCAAAUUUCAUCGAUGAAAUGGAGGUUUAAUUAUAACUCCUCAUUCUCAAGCUCAUAACUUUGAGCUCCAACAAUGGCGGCAAUGCAGAGAUCCCAACUUUCACCAACCCCAUCAUCAUCCCCACUCCAAAAACUCUCCACAUUCAAGCACCAAAACCCAUCUUCCUCCAUUGAAAACAACAAUAACCCACUUUCUUCCUUCUCAAAUCACUUAAUUUUCUCCCUAUUCCUCUCCCCCGAUUUCUCUUCAACCCAUUUCUCCUCUCAAGCUCUAUCAUCCGGAUCAUCCGCAUCCACAGCCGAACUUCUUCAAGAUGGUAUUCAUCUCCUUGAAAAACAACUCCGAUCCGAAGUACUUUCCCAUCAUGAUCAUCUCUUUGCACAGUUAUCAUCCUUACGCGAUGCUGAGUCUUCGUUAUCCAUCAUUAGAUCUUGUGUUCAAUCUCUACAAUCAUCGGUAAAUCGAGUUAGAUCCGAAAUUUCUGACCCACAUACCCAGAUUAAAACAAAAACUACCCAACUUAGUAAUCUUCAUUCAACUUCACAGAAUCUUCAAUUUACUAUUAGGGUUAUCCGUUUAGUUAAGAAACUACGUGAUUUAAUGACGAGUUCUAGUGAUUCUUUGGAUCUUUUGAAAGGUGCCCAAUUACAUUGUGAGAUUUUAGGGUUAGUUAGUGAUAAUGAUUUGGGUGGGAUUGAGGUUGUGGAUGAGGAAUUGAGGUGGGUUUCUGAGGCUGGAGCAAAACUUCGGUCUGAAGGGAUGAAAGUAUUGGAAAGAGGAUUAGAGGGGUUGAAUCAAGCUGAAGUAGGAAGUGGGUUACAAGUUUUUUACAAUCUUGGUGAACUUAGAGGAACUGUUGAUGGAUUAGUUGCUAAGUAUAGGAAUUUGGGUGUUAAGAGUAUUGCUAAUGCAUUGGAUAUGAAAGCUAUUUCUGGUGUUUCUUCUGGAUAUGGAGGACCAGGGGGAAUUCAAAGGAGUGGGACCCCACAAUUUGGGGCAAGUGGUAAAGCUAAAGAUGCACUUUGGCAAAGGAUGAGUGGGUGUAUGGAUCAAUUGCAUUCGAUUAUCGUUGCGAUUUGGCAUUUGCAGAGGGUUUUGUCCAAGAAGAGGGAUCCUUUUACUCAUGUUCUACUCUUGGAUGAGGUUAUUCAGGAGGGUGAUCAAAUGUUAACCGAUCGAGUUUGGGAGGCAUUUGUUAAAUCAUUUGCAAGUCAGAUGAAAUCUGCAUUCACUGCCUCAAGCUUUGUGAAGGAAAUAUUUACGUUAGGGUACCCAAAAUUGUAUUCCGUGAUGGAGAAUCUUUUGGAACGUGUAUCACGUGAAACUGAUGUCAAAGGGGUUUUACCCGCAGUCAGUUCAGAAGGUAAGCAGCAGAUGCGUGCUGCAAUUGAAAAUUUCCAGACAUCAUUCUUGGCCCAGUGUUUAGGUCGCCUGUCAGAACUUGUGAAUAAUGUCUUACCAGUUUCUAGCCGUGGUAGUAUCCCUUCCAAGGAACACAUAUCAAGAAUCAUAUUAAGGAUUCAGGAGGAGAUUGAAACUGUUCAAUUCGAUGGACAUUUGACUCUUUUGGUUCUGCGUGAAAUCAGCAAAGUUCUGCUUCUCUUGGCUGAAAGAGCUGAAUAUCAGAUAUCGACGGGGCCAGAAGCCAGACAGAUAACAGGUCCUGCAACUCCCGCUCAAUUGAAGAACUUCAUGCUGUGCCAGCAUCUUCAAGAAGUUCACACGCGUAUAUCAGCUUUGUUAUCGGGACUACCUCCUGAAGCCUCGGAACUUCUUUCUCCCGCGCUAGGCGUUAUAUACGGGGUUGCCUGUGAUUCGGUAGAAUCGUUAUUCCAAUCCAUGUUGGACCGUCUUCAGUCAUGCAUCUUGCAAAUUCAUGACCAAAACUUUGGUGUCAUCGGAAUGGACGCUGCUAUGGAUAACAAUGCUUCAUCGUACAUGGAAGAGUUGCAGAAAUGCAUCCUCCAUUUCCGCAGCGAGUUCCUUUCGAGAUUGUUGCCUUCCUCCAAAACCGCAGCAGCAACUGGGACUGAAUCCAUAUCCACUAAACUUGCUCGUGGCAUGGCUUCUCGGGUUCUAAUGUUCUUCAUAAGGCACGCUUCUCUCGUAAGGCCACUUUCAGAGUCGGGAAAAUUGCGGAUGGCUCGGGAUAUGGCCGAGCUGGAAUUAGCCGUGGGUCAGAAUUUAUUCCCGGUGGAGCAGCUUGGUGCUCCAUACAGAGCUCUACGAGCAUUCCGUCCUGUCAUAUUCUUGGAUACAUCUCAACUCGAGGCAUCACCAUUGCUUCAAGAUCUUCGUCCUAGUACUAUUCUCCACCAUCUUUAUUCUCGGGGACCAGAUGAGUUGCGGUCGCCAAUGCAGAGAAAUAAACUUACACCUAUUCAGUAUUCCUUAUGGUUGGAUUCGCAAGGUGAGGAUCAAAUAUGGAAGGGGAUCAAAGCAACUCUCGAUGAUUAUGCUGCGUUAGUGAGGUCUAGAGGAGACAAAGAGUUCGACCCUGUUUAUCCCAUAAUGCUUCGAAUUGGGUCCUCCAUCUCGGAAAAUACAUCACAACCCGAGAGGGCUUGAUUUUUCGAUAGACUCGGGUGCAGCAUCCAGGACACUUGCUUCUCCUCGGGUUCUCAAUCGCUCGAUUGUAACCUAAGAAUGUUUGUAGCCUCAGUUUGAACGCGGAAAAAGUGAUGUUCAUACUUCACACACUUAAGAAUGUUAUACACAAGUUUGAUAUAUUGAUAUUUUGAGAUGUGAGAUAUGAGUGAGGGUCCGUUUUGACUUUUGCUCCCUUUCCAUCCCAAUUUGCAAAUGCCAGCAAACAAAAUCAAAUUACCUACAUACUUCUCUUUAUUCCAAGUCUACAAAUUUGGUAGCACAAAUUCGGUUCGUGAGAUGCUUUUCAUACUUGGGUUGAACAGCACAUUUAAUAUAAUCAUUUAAUAUAAUAUUAACAUAUGAACUUUUUAUUUUGAGGAGAUCAACUCAUUUGGUAGUUUCUCAUAUUCAAUAUUAUUAUCUCAUUUGGUUUUUGUAUGUUUGUCAAUGUACAUAUUCAAUCAUAAAUAUCUCAAAUUGUGUUAAACUAAAAAUUAUAAAAUGUUGAUUUUAAUUAAACUUUA